AUGAACAAAAUUUUAUUAUCCUUACUUCUUGUUAGUGUUUGUCUCUGUUAAGAGGGUACAAAUUAUCAUGUAUUAAAGAAACUCUAAUUUAACUUGAAAAUGGAGUAAGUUUAACCAAUCUAAACAAACUAAUGACUAUGGAUUUUAACAAAUUGAAUUGCUAGGCAAAUUUAUUGUAGAUGACUCACUAAUUAAAAAUGUGGGCUGAACUAUACUAGGAUGAGAAAGUUAUACAUCAUGAAAUUAGACUAUUGAGUACAGCUCAUAAAAUACUUAACUAACAGAAGUUUAACAGAUUGAGAAAUACAAGUAAAAUGAAUUUUUAAUGAUAGACACUGUGUAAAGAGCUAAAAGAAUACUUGCUGCCUUGAGACACAACACACAUAAGAAAUAACACACUAUAUAUUAGUAAUGGAGAGUAAAUGAAAUCGAUUAAUUGAAACAUUCAAUUUAAUUGUUAUAAACAUCAACAAGUAAGAAUAUAUGUGAAAUUUAUAGCUGAGGAUGAAAGCAAAUAAUGUUGUGAUAGAAUUGAAUAAUUAAUCAAUAAAUUUUUGGAUGAAAGAAAACAUAUCGCUAAAUAAUGUGGAAAUGCUGAUGUAUAUGAAAUUUAUUUAAUUAGGUAACCAUAAAUAUUAUUAAUGAUGCAGAAGGCAAAAUUUAAAUUAUUAAUAAAAAAUGUCAUGAAAAAGACCCUGAUGUAAAAAUUAAUAGAGUUGAUUCAAUUGAUAAAGUUAUAGUUGGAUAAUCAUAAUAAUAGAAGAAGGAAGAACAAAUUGUUGUUACUGAAUAAAAAUAAGAAUAAGUUGUUGAAGAACAUCAUGAAUAANUAAAGAAAAUGCAAAAAAAGAAAAUUCCUUUAUCACAAGUUCAAUUAAUUCGAUUAUAACAUUAGUAUUCAAUUAAUAUUAUUUGUUAAAUUUAAGAAUGUUUUUUAUAAAUUAAUAGACUUGGCAACCUUCUAUAAAUUAGUGAUUCAAUGAUGAUGUCAUUUCAAUCGAAUUUGCAUGUUAAAAGUUAUAAUUAAUAGUAAUUAUUUAAUAUUUAUUUUAUAUUAACUGAUAUUAAAAUAAAAACGGGUUAUUUCAAAAACCGAAAUAAGUUUUAAUUAUUUUUAUGAACAAAAUUUUAUUAUCCUUACUUCUUGUUAGUGUUUGUCUCUGUUAAGAGGGUACAAAUUAUCAUGUAUUAAAGAAACUCUAAUUUAACUUGAAAAUGGAGUAAGUUUAACCAAUCUAAACAAACUAAUGACUAUGGAUUUUAACAAAUUGAAUUGCUAGGCAAAUUUAUUGUAGAUGACUCACUAAUUAAAAAUGUGGGCUGAACUAUACUAGGAUGAGAAAGUUAUACAUCAUGAAAUUAGACUAUUGAGUACAGCUCAUAAAAUACUUAACUAACAGAAGUUUAACAGAUUGAGAAAUACAAGUAAAAUGAAUUUUUAAUGAUAGACACUGUGUAAAGAGCUAAAAGAAUACUUGCUGCCUUGAGACACAACACACAUAAGAAAUAACACACUAUAUAUUAGUAAUGGAGAGUAAAUGAAAUCGAUUAAUUGAAACAUUCAAUUUAAUUGUUAUAAACAUCAACAAGUAAGAAUAUAUGUGAAAUUUAUAGCUGAGGAUGAAAGCAAAUAAUGUUGUGAUAGAAUUGAAUAAUUAAUCAAUAAAUUUUUGGAUGAAAGAAAACAUAUCGCUAAAUAAUGUGGAAAUGCUGAUGUAUAUGAAAUUUAUUUAAUUAGGUAACCAUAAAUAUUAUUAAUGAUGCAGAAGGCAAAAUUUAAAUUAUUAAUAAAAAAUGUCAUGAAAAAGACCCUGAUGUAAAAAUUAAUAGAGUUGAUUCAAUUGAUAAAGUUAUAGUUGGAUAAUCAUAAUAAUAGAAGAAGGAAGAACAAAUUGUUGUUACUGAAUAAAAAUAAGAAUAAGUUGUUGAAGAACAUCAUGAAUAAGUUGUUGAAGAACAUCAUGAAUCAUAAGUUGUUGAGGAACAUCAUGAAUCAUAAGUUGUUGAAGAACAUCAUGAAUCAUAGGUCGUUGAAGAACAUCAUGAAUCAUAGGUUGUUGAAGAGCAUCAUGAAUAAACUGAAACAGUGACAGAAGAAACAGUUGAAGAAGAAGAAGAAGUAGAAGUAGAGGAAACUGUAAUUGAAGAAACAGUCACAAAAACAACUUCAACUAAAGUUGUAGAAAUACCAGAAGAUGAUGAUGAUGUUGUAGAAGGAGAUUUAGUUUCGGCUUAAGGAGUAGGAGCAAGUGGAGAAGGAGGUAGAACAUGAUU